GUGUUCUUCGUCUCUCAUUUAUCCAUCUCCGGUGAACAUAAACAUUACAGUGGCAAUCCUGCAAUACGGGAGAACUCCAUGGCGUCUUGUACAACAAAGGAUAUGAUACCCAGCCGCUUUCUCUAAAGCUCCAUCACUCUUUUAAGCCCGUCAGCCCCCAACUCGCAGAGGACAUCCAUCAUCACUCAUCGGAGGAGCAGAAUCUGUUCGUCUCUUCCCCGAGAGGGCAACCUACCACACUAGCUAAGUAGCUACCGAAAUGAUGCUCUCCGGCGGCCGCCACCGCGGCCUGGUCCUGCCGUGUCUCGCCGUGGUGGCCGCGCUGGCCGCCGCCCCGCGCGGCGCCGACGCGUACAAGAACUACACCGUCGGCGACGACAAGGGCUGGUACGACGGCCUCACCCUCCCCGGGGUCGACUACCAGGCGUGGGCCGACGGCAUCAAGAACUUCAGCCUCGGCGAUUUCCUCAUCUUCAACACGGACAAGAACCACUCGGUGGUGCAGACGCGGAACGCGACGCUGUUCAAGAGCUGCGACUACAACGACUCGGGCCCCGACGACACCGUCGAGUGGUCCGCCGCCGCGCCGGAGUUCAGCAAGGACGCCGUCACCGUCGCCGUGCCGCUCCUCAGGGAGGGCCGCACCUACUUCUUCUCGGGCAACUACGACGGCGAGCAGUGCGAGAACGGCCAGGGCUUCGCCAUCGACGUGGCGCACGGCCAGGGCCUGCCGCCGGACCUCAGGCCGCCCGCCGCCGACGCGCCCGCGCCCUCGGCGAAGCCCGCCGACGGCGCCGCCGUGCUCGACUUCAGCCACCCCAAGAACGUCACCACGCCCAGCGCGUCCGACGGCGACCUGAGCGGCGACGAUACCACCUCGGGCUCAAGCCGGACUCUGGCCAGGAUCUGUCUGGCCGUGAUGCCGCUGGUCACCGCGCUCUUUGCGGUGUAAGCAGGCGAGUGCAUCUCGCACAUGCCUGGACUAUGAGAUUUGUUGUUGUAAUUUAUCUGUAAUAUGGCUAGUCAAGUAGUAGCAGGGUGUUCACAGGUUUAUUAGUUAGUGAAAUGCUUUUGAUUGUAUAGUGUGCCAUUUCUUCGAUUUGUAUGGGGUGAUGACAACAAUAAUAAUAGCAAUUCCAUUCUUUGGAUCGA